CUGCUUGUCGAAUCUAUGGUUGAAGCUGGAAAAUCCGGGUCGAAGACUUUCCAAACUCUUUGGUUUUACAAAAACAACUUCUCCAGCCCAUAAACCAGAUUCUGCCAAGACAAAAUUGAGAGAGAUCGUACCAUCCAAAACGAGUUGAUGACGAACGCUUCUGAAGGUACUGGGGCUACGAAGAUUGCGAAACCAAUCAAAUUGCCUCGAGGCGCACGACCUUCCCUGUAGCCAAAAGAUCAAGCCCGGCAUGAGGGCACUGGACUUCCGUGGACGUCGUGCUUGGUCGAGUACAUCCAUCUGUCGGUAUUGAUGCAUCGAAAAAAGGGUCAAAAUUAUCAGGUAGACGAAGAUUCAAACACUGGUGGGGAUUGAAAGAGACAGAGAUUCAAACACUUGGUAUGCGAGUUUUGCAUUCACGAUCGCGGACGAUGCUUCCACACCCAGGAGAUGAAUCUCGCAAGACCCGUUUCCCGCCUCUUCUCUAGCUCUACAGCCACUGCACAGCCGCAGCAGCGAUUCACCAAGAGCCCCUCUUCACCCACCGGCCCCAUUGAAGCACUCCACGCGCACCUCAUCAGAACCCAACGCCACACUGACCCAUCUGCUGUAUCGGACGUCAUCAGGACAUACGCGUCGUCUCCGCUCCGCCUGCACAGAGCUUGCGUUGCUUUCGACGCCAUUGAACGACCCACCUCCGCGGUUUUCAAUUUCGUGAUUCGUGGGUUGUCGCAGAGCGACGGUCCUGUUAGAGCAUUGGACCUGUACCGCGCGAUGCAUCUCCAGGGAGUGAGCGCGAACCAUUUGACCUUCAUAUAUGUUUUCAAGGCCUGUGCUCGUGUCUGUGACGUUAGGCACGGUCAAGUGGUCCAUGUCCAUGCGUUAAAAUGUGGGUUCGGUACGCACGUCUUCGUUUCGAAUGCUCUGCUACAUGCGUACGCGUGCUGCAGCGAUCUGGUGUCUGCACAGAAUGUGUUUGAUCAAAUGGCGGGAAGAGACUUAAUUUCUUGGAACUCCCUGAUCUGUGGGUACAGUCAGUGUGGUGCAUUUAGGGAGGUUUUGAGACUAUUUGAUGCAAUGCAGGUGGCUAACGUGACAGCGGAUGCCGUGACAAUGGUGAAAGUUGUCUUGGCUUGUAAUUAUUUAGGGGAGUCAGAAUUCGCAGAUCAUGCGGCGAAGUACAUCGAGGAAAACCAUGUCGUUGUUGAUGUUUAUUUAGGAAAUACUUUAAUAGAUAUGUAUGGACGGCGUGGUCUGGUGGAGUUGGCACGGCAAGUAUUUGAUCGCAUGCGCGAAAGGAACUUGGUUUCGCGGAAUGCAAUGAUCCGGGGAUAUGCAAAAGCGGGAGACUUAGCUGGAGCCCACAGGCUUUUUGACGAAAUGCCCAAGAGGGAUGUUAUCUCGUGGACUUCUAUGAUCACAGGUUAUGCUCAAGCUAACAACUUUGCGAUGGCGGUGAAGCUUUUCCAAGAAAUGACGGUGGCUAAUGUGAAACCUGACGAAGUUACAGUAGCUAGCGUGUUGUCUGCUUGCGCCCAUUUAGGCUCACUUGACAUUGGAAGGGCAGUUCAUAACUACAUAAUUGAGCAUGGCCUGAAAAUAGACACUUAUGUAGGGAACUCUCUCAUAGAUAUGUAUUGCAAAUGUGGAUCAGUUGAAAAGGCGCUUGAGUUCUUUAAACAAAUGAAGGAGAAGGACGCGGUCUCGUGGACUUCUGUGAUUUCAGGCCUUGCUGUGAAUGGCUUUGCCAAUUCUGCACUGGAGCUUUUCUCAGGAAUGUUGAGUGAAAGAAUUAAGCCUACUCAUGCAACCUUUGUUGGGGUUUUACUGGCAUGUGCUCAUGCUGGACUGGUAGAGGAAGGACUAGCAUUCUUUAGGAGUAUGGAAGAUGUUCAUGGACUCACCCCAGAGACGAAACACUAUGGUUGUGUUGUGGAUCUUUUGAGCCGCUCUGGCGAUGUAGAUAGGGCAUAUGAGUUUAUAACAAAAAUGCCCAUAUCUCCGGAUGUUGUAGUUUGGAGGAUAUUAUUGAGUGCUUGUAAGCUUCACGGCAAUGUGGUGUUGGCUGAAAUUGCAACGAAAAAGCUUCUUGAAUUGGAUCCUUGUAAUAGUGGAAACUAUGUUCUUCUUUCAAAUACUUACGCAAGUUCCUACAGAUGGGAUGAUGCGUCCAAUGUGAGAGAACUGAUGGAGGAGACCGAUGUGCCGAAGCCGUUUGGUUGGAGUACAAUCGAAUCUAAUGGAUUACCACCACAUAGCUCUCGGGAUCAUAUUCCUGUGAAUCCCACCAACACCAUGCAUCUGAAGAAGGAAUUAGGACUUUCUUAAUCCACCAGUGCAUAGGGGAAGUGAUUUUUACAAUUGAAGUGGCAGGAGGCACUGCAACAGGAACUCAAUUAACCCAGUAAUCGCAUCUAUGGGUAAGAGCAGCACUGCAACAAAGUUUAUCUGCUUAUGGCAUGCUGAUUGUCUGUGUAAUGCGAUGUACAUGAAGUUACCUACUCAGUCGCUGUUUCAAAUGUGCCUAAAUUCAGAUGCUCUAGACUCUGAUGAAAUCUCCAUGGUUGCAACGUAUCUCGGGAGUGAACUCAUGCUUCCUAGUGCCGUUUUGAGCUGCUACACACUGGAGAUGGUCGUCUACACUCGGUAAUUACUUAGGGCUAUUGGUGAGUGCCUUUAGCGAGUGAAAGAUUCAUCGGAUUCGGAAUGUGCAGUUGAAUUGGCAAGCAGACACCUCCCUUUUGGAUAAAGUCAAAUUGCUAGCUCAGUGAAAGAUUCAUCGGAUUCAGAAUGUGCAGUUGUGCACCGCUGACGAAGAGUUCAGUUAGUCAUAAGCUAUCAGAUUUCAGGCUUUAAGAGAACUAAGUUCCCGUCAGCUUUAUGGUUGAAUCAGCAACAUCAAAAUCAAAGUGGAAGCUGUUCAUUAUAA